AUGAGAUAUCGCCAGGGACUUCUGCAUCAGCACGGCCACGCUGGUAUGUUCUACGUGCUGAGCAGCGAUUCCAGCCCUCAAGGAAAGCUCGAUUUGAUGAUGACUUUGGAAGACAGGAUAUCCCGCACAGACGCUGAAGAACUGAUUGCAUGUCAAGGCGACGUUGCAAAAUUGGAGGAGUGGUCAUCAAAGUCAAAGAUCAUGACAACUCAACUGCCUCUUGGUAUUAUAGGUAGCGGCAACUCUGGGCUUGGAGCGAAGCACGAAUGCAUUUUCCACCAGGUUAAACUUGACUGCGGAAGCAAACCUGCAGAACUCGCUGCAUACUGCGGCAGCGUUGUUGGAUAUGUUGCCGACUUUGGCACAGAAUCUCAAUUUACUGAGAUACCUGCCAUCAACAUUCAGCAACUUUUUAUGAAUGCCAUUGAGAAUUCCAAUGGCGUUUUGGCAGCGAGACCUGAUAUUGCUGAUGGGGGUGAUGCUACUCAGAUGGAAUCCCAAGCUGCACUGUGCUACAUGGAGCCUGAUGCUGCUGUUGUUUCUGCAGACCAGCGCAUCAUUGAUCUCGAUGCAGAUGAUGCUGUUUCCGAACCCACUGCUCCCAUUGUGGUGGCUGCAGGGCCUAAAGAACGUGAUGUUGGCACUGUCCCUGACUCGUGGAGUCUUGGGGGGGCUCUCAAUGUCAAUGGCUUGAAGCACAUUUUUAGCAACAUUUCAGGUGAUAUUCUGAAGCGGUGGGAAGAGUUUUCCCAUUUUCAGGAAGCGCUUUCAGCAAUAAACACCCUUCAUUAUCAAACUUUUUAUCGUGACAGAUUGCAGAAACUGAUGAGACCACCGAUGGACAAACUGUACCGGUACUAUGAGGGUGGCAGCUUGAUUAUGUGGAGGUGGAGUUCACUGGUUGACGUUGCUGAAGCACUUCACCGCAGAGAAGGUGCUUUGCGAAGCUGUUGGAAUUUGCAGGCGUUCUUGAAUAUUGGCCGAAACAAUUCGGGGACGACGCGUGGACAACAAAAAGACGGAGCCAGGGAUGACAACAGUUCAAGCACAAAACUUUUCAAUGUAGCAGAUCGCGCAGUACGAUCUCCUUUCUUCUGGGCAUACCUGCGCAUGGUCAUUUUGCUGCACGGACUUGUGAAUGAUCUUGGAUCAUGGGCAGAAGGCAUUGCAAGAAAGGCCAUAGCCCUGUUUGACGACAAGAGCAACAUCGACGCCAUGGCUACCUAUGGGCGCCGACACCCAUUGACUGCCAGAUUCUUGAAGAAGGACUUCGCAGGACCUGAUGCUUUAAGACCUCUUCUUGAACAAUUUGUUCAGGGCGCUGAUCUCUCCACUGAUGAAAGUUUGGGCCCAUUGCGUGCCUGGAUUGGAGCUUUGAGAUUGAUUCGUGUGGUGGAGCGGGAGACGGAAGAAUCUUGCCAUGUUUUGUCAGAAGAAGUUUACAUUACAGCGUGCUUUAAACUCUACUUUGGUGACCUUGCAGACGCAGCGCAGAGCCAUGCCGAGAUUGACACCCAUGAAGGUCUUUGCAGGGCAGUCGCAAAGUUGGUGGGUGGAGAGAAGUGUGUCCUUGGAAUGGACCCGAAAGACAUCAAACACUCAACAUUACUGCACUUGAUCUACCAAAGAACCAUCCAAUUUGCUCGUGGGGCAGCCGCAGACCAAGCCAUCCCACACAGCGAGAUGAGAUUGCUCCGUGACAACAAGAAUCAACUUGCAGCUCAGGACAGAAAUCGUGCCACGUCUUUGGAACGGUCCCAGGCCUUGACACAAGGGGUUGCACCUACCCCGGGUGCUGCAUCCAGUGCCGCUGCUCCUUCGACUAUGAAAAGGCCAUUGUGUGGUGUGGACAACAUUCGGCAUGGUGAUGUGUGUGUGCAAAUCUAUGAAGCAUUUCAGGUUGCCGGGCAUCCUGAAAACUGUUUUCAGCUUUGCCGGCCGUCAGACACUGACAAUAUCCAGCUCAUUCGUUUUCUUGGUGCUGCCUCUCGGGAAGAUCCAACUAGAGAUUCCGCAGUUAUGCAAAAGCUUUUGGUCUGGGACCACGUAGGUUCAGUGCCAACUGAUGUUCGCACCCUGACAUUUGCCCUGGAGACUGACUUUGCCGUUAGCAUUGUCGAAGACAUGGUGGCUGCAAGGGCUUUCGUUGGCAGUGGCAGGUCGUUCGAAUUUUAUGGAAGUGAAGGAGAGAUGAGAAACAUGGUUGAGCUUGAGAACAAGGGCUAUGUGCAGCGGGCAGCAGAUUCAGACGGCACUGCUUCCGAAUCCCGUUGGUACUUGACCCGCAAAGUGAGACCGCAGAUUGGGAAUCCCAAGCCCCUGUUCUUCCCACGUCAUGGUGUUGCCCUCGAAAACAAGACCACCUUGGAGUUGAUGCGAGAAUUGAUCUUCCAGGGCUUUGACUUGAUCGAAAACCCUAUGGAAAUUUUGAAGAACAAGAAGCAGCCCUACACAAACCAAAGAGGAUGUGGGUAA